AAGCUUUUUGGUUUGGAUAUCAAAAUUGAACGGUCAUUACCGGCCUCUCUCCCGCCAUUGUCCGUACACGUUCAUGAUAACAAUGGCGACACUCUUCUCUGCCCUGCCGUCCAUUACUGUGCCUCUAAAACAUCAGAGUUUAAUGCUUCAACGGAGAUGGAGUAUUAGGAUUUUUCGAAUGACGAGGAUUAGCCUGCUUUCUUCAACUGCGUUAAUCAAGGGGAAGAGGAACAGGAGAACUUUGAUAUGUGAAGUCAGUAGAGAUGCUGAGGAAGCAUUCAGAAAGACUGUAGAUUUGGACAGGCUGAUUGAUAUGCUCAGAGAUGCAGAUCCUAAAGAACUUCAACAGCUCGUUGUUGAAAAUGUCCUUGCUUUCAAUGAGGGUUUCUGGAUACGGCUGGCAGCAAGAACUGACACCUGCGGAUCAGAGGAUGAUAAAAAAGAUUAUGAGGAAUUGGCAGCAUCUGUAAUGAGCAUAGUGGAUCUCCUAGUCCAUAAGACUCAUGAAAAAAUAGAAUCAGCUACUGAUGUUCUCAAGGGGAUUUUAACCCCUGUAGUUGAUGAUAAAGAAGAGAUUACCUGGCCUCCAAGAGAUCCUGAGGCUCUUAAAUUAAUGGAGAAAGAAAUAAUCCAAAGAGAGAAAGCAGGGCAACUAGAUGAAGGAUUUCUUGCAGAAGUUAAUGCUCAACUUCGACAGUCAAAAGAAGAUGGGGAUAAGCCAGGACUAGAGGCUAUGUUGCAAAAAGUUUUGCAACUUUAUGCUGCAAGUGUUCUUUCCAAACGUAGUUAUGCUAAGAAAGGGAACGACGUUUUGAAGGCUGAAAUGUUUCUUGAGACUGUAAUCAAAGCUCCCGAGGAAGAAUGGAACAAGCUUUUGAUUGAAGGGUUGACAGUUGGUAAAGGGGAAGUUUCACCAGAGGAAUUUUAUGCUGUCAUUAAGAAAAGAAUUGAGCGAACUCUUAUCCGGACAGAGGGAGGUUCGUACCAGCAGCGCAUUCUUACCGAAUAUCUGAAAGGCAUCCAAUCAAGAUCCGAGGAGCUUGUACAAAUACUUCAGGGAAAGUCACAAUAAUCUAUAGAUUAUCAAAGAUAGGUUCCAUGCAGUGACAUUUUUCUGGAUAUGCAAAUGCAGAUUGAAGUUUCUUCUUCGAAUGAAAAAUCAAAGGAAAGAACAACUUCACAAACAUGAGAAUCGAUAAUUUUUGAUAAAACAGACUGUGAAAUGUGUUUACGGAGCCUUUUGUAGUAAUCUUUUUCUCAACAGAUAUUGCAAAUGUUGUGUGAUAUAUAGGAUCUCAUGACAGCAGCUAAGUUUGCAGAAACCUUCUCAUCAUGUGAAACGACUGAGGGUUUCUUUGCAGAGGCUUUGGCUGGACUCUUUGUACAUUUCAUCUGUCAGUUAUUUGUUUGCAGUCAGUCAUAUUUUCAUGGCAAUAAAGCUAUAAAUUUUGUCCCA